CUCUUCAGGUCAACGAAUGUUAAUGAAGCCUCGGAUGACCCGAAGCAGUGGCUCCCCUACUUGCCUUGCCGUAUCAUCGGAGAAGUGAAAGCUCAAAGAGGGCAAGCGAUUUGGCUCCAAGGAUUUGGCAUGGAAGAUCGUUGCCCAUUAUAGCAACGCGAACUUACUGGGUUGUGCGCUGAAGAUAUCACAAUUGAAAUGAAGGCAAAAGAUGAUUGUGCAACUGAGCAUUUAGUCGGGAUAGAUGGUCAAGUGGAAGCCAUACUGGACUUGUUGGUCGACGACUCUGGUCGUCCGCGGUGUCUUGGAAUUCAUGGCCCUAGUGGUAUUGGAAAGACAACCCUUGCCAAGGCACUCUUCGACAAACUUAUUUCUAACUUUGAUCGGUAUUGCUUCCUGCGAGAUGUCAGUGUAUCAUCACGCCAUGAUGGCCUAGUAUUUCUGCAAAAGAAACUGCUAUCCGACGUCCUCGGUAGAACUAAGCCUAUGAUUGACAUCAACGACAUUGACCAUGGAAUGAAUGUUAUCAGGGAAAAACUCUGUGGUAAGAAGGUUCUGAUUGUUAUAGAUGAUGCGGACCAUAGGGAACAGCUCGAGAAACUAAUUGGCAAGAUCAGUUGGUUUGGCAAAGGAAGUAGAGUCAUAAUUACGACAAGAAACAAAAGUAUCCUAGAGAGUGUAGAGAAAAUCGUACUUUAUGAACUGAGAGAUAUGAAUUCUGAUCAAGCAUUUCAGCUUUUUGAAAAUCGCGCAUUCAAAAGAGAAUCUCCUAGAGACAAUUAUUGCGAUAGGCUUUCAAGGGAUAUUGUUUCUACCAUUGGAGGACUUCCUUUGGUCAUUGAGGUCAUAGGUUCAUUUCUUCACGGGAAGCACAGACCCGUAUGGAAAGAUACACUAGAAAAGUUAAGGAGCAUUACUCAUGAAGACAUCCUCCGGAAGCUGAGAAUUAGCUAUGACGCCUUAAAUUUCAAGCAAAAGCAGAUUUUUCUUGAUAUUGCAUGUCUUUCCUUGCAUGAGGAGGAGAUUAAUGCAUCUUACAUGUGGGAAGAUUGCAACUUUUCUCCACAAAUAGAAAUUGAAGUCCUCAGUUCUCUGUCAUUGAUACGUAUUAGAGAGAACAGCGGGUUAUGGAUGCAUGACGUGCUAAAAGACCUAGGGCGCCAAAUUGUCCAUGAGGAAAACCUGGAUCCAGGAAAGCGUAGCAGGUUGUGGAUUUCUGAGGGAGCUGUGGACAUGGUAAAAACAAAAGAGAACAAAGGAAACAUCGAGGCACUCAGUCUAGCUGGAGAUCCUACUCUACUCAUCUUUACUGAUGAAGAUUUCUCAAGGCUGCCAAAUCUAAGGUUCCUUGAAUUAGAUGGGGGGAGCUUUAUCGGGGACUUUACCAAUCUCUUUUCAAAGUUGAGAUGGUUUUCUUGGUGCCAUUGUCCUCCAGAUUUUAUGGCAACUAAUCUGUUCUCACAAAACUUGGCUGUCCUUAAACUCUCCGAAUUUAACGACGCCAAUGAUUGGGAGGGGUGGAGCCAAAUUAAGAUGCUACACAAUUUGAAAGUUCUGCAGCUGACAGGUCUAAAUAUGGUCAGAAUCGACUUGUUUGGGUGCUUGAGUCUGGAAAGAUUAAUAAUUGAAGAAUGUCGACAAUUGGUUGAAAUUGAUCCCUCCAUUGGGGAGCUGAAACUACUGGCUUACUUGUUAAUUGAGGGUUGCGACCGACUGAAAGAUUUGCCUGGCGAAAUUGGCCUGCUAGUGAACCUCAAGCACUUAUCUUUGGGUCACUGCUCAAAGUUAAGGAAACUCCCGAGCUCGAUUGGAGAGCUAAAAUCAUUGAUCAAAUUGGAUUUAUCAUACACAUCAAUUGAAGGAUUACCUCAUUCUGUUGGAUAUCUUGUGAAUCUCGAGUCUUUAUCUCUUGCAGGAUGCAGAGAGAUAAGGGAACUUCCGGACUCGAUCGGAAACCUAAACUCUCUAAUUGAAUUGGAUCUGUCGCUUACGCGCAUCAAAGUGUUUCCUUCAGCCAUUGGGAAGUUGUCCUUUUUGAGAAUUUUAGAUCUAUCACACACUCAAAUUUGUCGAGUGCCAGAAACAAUUGGCGCUCUCUCUCACCUAGAAGAACUGAUCCUCAGGGAUUGUGAUGAGCUGCAAGUGUUGCCGUCACUUCCACGAAGUUUGACACAUCUACAUGUCCGUUCUCGGUCCUUGCAGUCUAUUCCAAACCUCUCAAACCUGACUAAUCUAGUUGAUCUUAGCUUAUCAGAUGGCGGAUUGAGGUCGUUGAGCCUAAUCAAUGCCAAUUACUUAGAGUGGAUUGGGAAGUUAUCCAAGUUGCGAAAUUUGGAACUGUGCUAUGCGAACGUUAUGGUGUCACCAACUGCAUUGGGUUCCCUUUCUCAACUAAGGAAACUUUACAUGUCUGGCAACCUUUACCCGGAAUUUCUCAUGCAGCCCCCUAAAUCAGCAAUGCAGGGAAAUCUCAGCUCAGUAAAAACUUUCCCAGGUAUAUCCAAGUUGAGAAAUCUAAUAAUUUUGAAACUCUGUCGCUCUCGGGAAAAGGAAAUCCAACUCGGCGGGCUAGAGCAGUUGAGACAUUUAACUGUCAGCGGCUUUCAACUCCUUGAAACUAUAACAUUCUCCCCGUCAGGCCUGAAGAAUGUAAAAGAACUAGAACUAGAGAACUGUCCUAAGUUGAGAGAGGUUCAUGGUCUCGGGGCAUUGGAAAGAUUGGAGAGCCUGAAGGUCGACUUAUGUUGGUCAAUUAGGAGGUUAAGUGAUCUGUGGAGAUUGCAAAAGUUGAUGGAACUGAAAAUCGCAGAUUGCUAUAACCUACGGGUUUGUGAAGGCAUUGACGAGUUAGGAUGUUUGAGUCUCUUUGAAGUGAAUUUGUGCCCCUAUUUGGAAUAUUGGACAAAUGCAUCGGACACAUCGAUACCAAAAGAAUGUCAAAUCGUAAUUGAACGUUGCCCGAAACUAGGUGAAACUCCUUGGGGUGGCAUGUUUUACAAGGAUUACAGAGAUACGAUUCUUAGACAGAUCAAGUCUGAUUCAGAUAUGUCCACAUUCGGCAGAAUGGAUAAGAUUAGUAACACCUUGACGUAUUGA